AUGGAACCUGCUGACUUGAUACCGCUGAUUGAACGGCUUGACGACGAUGUUGACGACCUUGAGGAAGCACUUGCGCCAAUUCUCGAAAGCACCGUCAUUGAAACAUCUAAGAAGCUGCCUGUUCUGGACAAGGCUAAAUUUCACGUCAUGACCGCCUAUGCUUUGGAAUCACUGAUAUUCUCGUACUUGCGCUUACAUGGUGUCAAAGCGACAGAGCACCCCGUUUACAGAGAAUUGAAGAGAGUGAAGCAAUAUUUUGACAAGAUCAAGGCGCUGGAGGCCGAACCCGAACAAAGGACGAUGGUGCUUGACAAACAAGCAGCCGGACGUUUCAUCAAACAUGGCCUCGCUGGAAACGAGAAACUUGACUUGCAGCGGGAGGAACAACUAGCAAAAGAGAAGGCACGCGCACAGCUGAAAGCAUCACUGCUGGCUAAGAAAGCAGACGCCACGCCUGAAACUUCGGGCAAAGAUGUUUCAAGUGAUUCCGGUUCGGAUGCUGACCAAAAAUCGGGCCCUGCGAGCGACGCUGAGGAAGCCGAGACCUCACGGAAACCACACGCAUCUGAAGCACGUGCUGGCGGCUCGAAAAAGUCAAAGAAAAGCAAGACAAAAUCCAGUGCGAAAGACGAAAGACGUAAAAAGCGUCGCGGCAAGGAAGAACUCAAGGGCCGUCACAAAGAGAGACGGAAGAAGAAGGACGACGCUCGGAAGACGAGGAAGGAAACCUGA